AUGGGGGGAGCUCCCGGGGGAUGGGCCCCUGCUGAGGCCCCGGGCUGGGGGGCUCCACGACGCCCUCCUCACACUUUCCCGGCCCCUCCUCGUACGGCCUGCUCUCUGCGCCUUCCUACAAGACGCCCCCCCAAGCCUUCUCCUGCCUCGGCGGCGGGGCCUGCUCUGGUGGACAGGACGAGCCCCAGCCCCAGGGAGCCCCAAGAGCUCCGGAGCAGACGGGGAGGCACUCCUGCCCCCAAACCGAACCGGCAGGAGGCCCAGGCUCGAACUCUGGCCCCUGGCCUAAGGGCUGCUGGCACUGGCUGCCCAGGGACGGCUCCCUCCUUCUUGCCGCCUCUCCCAGCAGCCUCAGGGUCCCAGCGGAAAGGGAGGCCCCAAAUCGAACUUCCUUGUGGUCCAGGACGCCUGGCCCGAGCUCACCGGGGCAGGCUGGGAGCAGGCCGGAGGAAGGCCGGGGCUCCCCGAGUUCCUCGGACUCUGACCCGGCCCAGGCAGCCUACACUGGCAGGGGGACGCCUUGGGGCAGGCCCAGAGCCGCCGCCGCCGCCCCAGGCAAGCCCAGCUCCGACAGCCAACAUCCUGGCCUCCCUCAAGUCCCUUCCAGCCCAGAUGGGAGCGAGGACGACUCCAGGCCACUCCGGGAGCCACCAGGAGAAAGCAAGGGCAGGAGCUGCUUCCCCGUCAGGCCUUGGAGAAAGCUCCGGCCAGCCUCGCAUCAAGCAGAGUUCCCUGGAAGAGAGGCGCCCCGGCUGCCUGGAACCAGCAGGAAGUGCUCCCAGGGCCAGCCCCAAACUAGAGGAGGGGAGAUCCCGGCCCGAGACUCCCGGUCUGGACUCGCCCCCGUCCCACCUUGGCUGCUCCCCGCCCCCACGGCCAGACCCCGGCCUCUCCCACCAGCCUCAGCCUCAGCCCCCCCACCGCACCCCGCCACCCGCCCUCCGUGCUCUCUCGUCUCCCCCUCCCCCUCCCCCUCCCCUUCCCCCUCCCCCUGGCGGGCCCCCGCCCCUCUCCGCCGCAGCCCCCCCCAUACCUGGCUCUGGGGGCGCCUGGGGCCCUGGGGCCCCGCCGUCCCUGACGGGCUGGCUGGCGGGGGGAGCCGGGCGCUGGCUCGUGCCUCUCCUGCCUCCCCUCUCCGAUCCCGCCGCGGUGCCGCUCGGAGGAUGCUCCACCAGGGAGGGAGUCAGGGCGGCUGCUCCCGCCGCCGCAUCCCUGCAACACCGACUGACGGCAGCAUCAGUACCAGCGCCCGCGCCCCCGCCCCCCCGCGCCGGCUCAUUGGGCCGCGCGGCCCGGACGGACGCGGCGCCCGGCCAAUGGGCAUCCUCCUCUCCCCCUCCUCCAGCCCCUCCUCCUCUUUCUGCCUGCUCACCGAAGCCAGGCGUCCUGGACUCCCGGCUCGCCGCGCUCCUGGGUCAGCCGUCCUGGCACCCGGGAGAGGCGCUGCUUCCGCCUGCCUGCCUGCCCCUCUUUAACUGGGGGCCGGGAAGCGCUUGGCUUCAGCGCCUGGUGCUAGAACCCAGGUGUCCUGGCCCCCAGCCCUCUCUGCCCUCGUGCCCUGUGGGGGCCGAAGCCCCCCAGCUUGAGAAAGCGGCGCACGUGGAGGUGGGGGCGAAGACACCCCCCAGCCUCUCCGGACCCCCGAGCGGGGCUAGGAAUGGGAAGAGGAAGGGGCCAGGGCAGGAAGCGCCCCCACUCUGA